UCGUUUCACCUGUACCUGCACUCUGUGUGGAAAGAGUUUUGGAAGAAAAGGCUAUCUUAAGAUUCACAUGAUGAUACACACUGGAGAGAAACCAUUCACAUGCACUCAGUGUGGGAAGAGUUUCAACCAAUCAUCAAACCUUAAUCUACACGUGAGGAUCCACACUGGAGAGAAACCAUUCACAUGCACUCAGUGUGGGAAGAGUUUCAGCUGCUCAUCACACCUUAAUCUACACAUGAGGAUCCACACUGGAGAGAAACCAUUCACAUGCACUCAGUGUGGAAAGAGUUUCAACCAAAUAUCAAACCUCAAUCUACACAUGAGGAUCCACACUGGAGAGAAACCAUUCACAUGCACUCAGUGUGGGAAGAGUUUCAGCCAAUCAUCAUCCCGUAAUCUACACAUGAGGAUCCACACUGGAGAGAAACCAUUCACUUGCACUCAGUGUGGGAAGAGUUUCAUCCGCUCAUCAUCACUUAAUCUACACUUGAUGAUCCACUCUGGAGAGAAACCAUUCACUUGUAGAGAGUGUGGAAAGAGUUUGGCAAGCAAAAGCAAACUUAAGAUUCACAUGAUGAUCCACACAGGAGAGAAACCAUUCACAUGCACCCAGUGUGGGAGGAGUUUCAGCCAAUCAUCUUGCCUUAAUAAACACAUGAGGAUCCACACUGGAGAGAAACCAUUCACAUGCACUCAGUGUGGAAAGAGUUUCAGCCAAUCAUCAUCCCUUAAUCAACACAUGAAGAUCCACACUGGAGAGAAACCAUUCACAUGCACUCAGUGUGGGAAGCGUUUCAGCAUAUCAUCAAACCUUAAUCAACACAUGAUGAUCCACACCGGAGAGAAACCAUUCAAAUGUACUCAGUGUGGGAAGAGUUUCAGCAAAUCAUCUAACCUUAAUCAACACAUGAUGAUUCACACUGGAGAGAAACCAUACACAUGUCCUCAGUGUCGGAAGAGUUUCAGCAAUUCAUCAAACCUUAAUAAACACAUAAUUAUUCACACUGGAGAGAAACCAUUCACAUGCAACCAGUGUGGGAAGAGUUUUAGCCGAUCAUCAAUGCUUUAUAGACACAUGAAGAUCCACACCAGAGAAAAACCAUUCACAUGCACUCAGUGUGGGAAGAGUUUCAGCAAAUCAUCACACCUUAAUCAACACAUGAUGAUCCACACCGGAGAAAAGCCAUUCAAAUGUACUCAGUGUGGAAAGAGUUUCAGCCAACCAUCAAACCUUAAUCAACACAUGAUGACCCACACUGGAGAGAAACCAUACACAUGUUCUCAGUGUGGGAAGAGUUUCAGCAAAUCAUCACACCUUAAUCAACACAUGAGGAUCCACACCGGAGAGAAACCAUUCACAUGCAACCAGUGUGGGAAGAGUUUCAGCUUAUCAUCAACGCUUUAUAGACACAUGAAGAUCCACACCAGAGAAAAACCAUUCACAUGCACUCAGUGUGGGAAGAGUUUCAGCCAAUCAUCAACGCUUUAUAGACACAUGAAGAUCCACACCAGAGAAAAACCAUUUACAUGCACUCAGUGUGGGAAGAGUUUCAGCCAAUCAUCACACCUUAAACACAUGAAGAUCCAAACUGGUGUGAGAGAGUAUAUGUGCUUGGAGUGUGAGAAGACUUUUAUUACAGCUGCAGAAUUGAAACGGCACAAGAGGAUUCACACUGGAGAAAAACCGUACAAGUGUUCACAGUGCAGUAACUCACUCAAGAACCCUGAAAACACAUGAGUGAUUCACACUGGAGAGAAACCCUAGACAUGAUCAGUGUGUACAGAGUUUCACUCAUUUGGGGCAGCUUAAGAAUCACAUGGGAUGGUUUCCGGUAUGGCGUCGACACAUGUAGCAGCAUAGAAAGAGCGCUCCCAUACACACUGGUAUUAUUCCUCCUUUUUACAUCAUAUAUGAUAACCUAAACCAUAUUUAAAUAACAUGGAGGGGGACAAAAACAAAAAGGCUAGGACAAAACAACCAUUGAAACCUGAAAAAAAAAAAACGAGAAAUCAACAGAUGAUAAAUCAGAGACGGACGGGAUAGCUGAUAGCUUGUCAGCUAGCAUUGCAGCAAUACAUACGGACAUCAAAGCUUUCCAAAUGGAUAUUAAAUGCGAUUUAACCGCCUUCCAAGAUUCUCUCGCAAAACAUGUGAAAAUGGAACUAAGGAACUUUAAACAAGAAGUCAAUCAAAAACUGGAUGGCCUUAUUACGGACCUAAACGCAACGGCAGGUCAACUAAGUGGAGAAGUGUGUUGGAGAAUUGGAGGAGAACAUUGCUGAGAUGAAAGAAAUGCUCGAUCAAACCAUCCAAAUUCAAGAAAAUUUACAAGAGAAACUGUUAAAUCUAGAAUCACGUAGAAAUAAUAUUCGGAUUUUUGGAAUCCCGGAAGGAAGCAAAGGGAAUAAUAUACUAAUAAUAAUAAAAAGACUUGGUGGAAAGAUUAUCAAAAUGGAGCUGUCACUCGACAAAUUGGACCUUAAAAGCCAAAGGUGUUACCGGGCACUCUGACCAAAACCACCCGCAGACACCACCCUAGAUCAGUGGUGGUAUUCUUCCUGGAAUACAAAACAAAGAAACUGGUCCUCCGCAUGGAGAAAGAAAGUAAUACACUGGAACGAAAAAAGGAUUUUUUUUGACCAAGACUACCCACCUGAGAUCCAACAGAAAAGACGGGCUUUUGCUCCGAUAAGAAAAAUUCUGAAAGAAAAGGGGAUUAAGUUCCAAACACCAUCGCCAGCGAAACGUAGAAUCUUUCUGGAAAACGGGCCGGUCGUGUACAAUUCAAUGACGGAGGCAUCAAGAGAUCUGAAGGAAAAAGGACAGAUAAACAGCGAAGAAGGAACUAUUAUAGGGAUCUCUGGGAAAGUGAAACAAAGACCUCGGCAAAAGAAGUGACAUGGAAGAAAAGUAAGUAAAAACAUCAAGUGAAGAUCUGGGAAAAACUAUGUGAAUUUCAAAGGGACAACACUGGCUCCAUUUGAAAGAAGGGUAAAACCUGACAGUUCCUAACAAAGAACUCUGAGAGACUGGUAAAACUUCUUGACUUAAUUCACAGAUGAUGGACAUUUAAAUCAUUUGAAGGAAGAAUGGUAUUUAACCGAACUGACCAACAACACAAGAUGAACGAUUAGAGCACACCAAGACUCAAGUCAUUGAGUAACAUACUGGUAGGAAGACAUGAAGGAAUUCUAAUUUAUAAAACUAAAAUCCCUUGCUAUAAUCAGAAAGUAGAAAUAUUUAACUUGAAAACCUAGCCAGAAAUACAAGAAUAUAAUAUUGCCAGAUAUGGGUGCUGAAUAUAUUCGUUAACAUUUUUUGUGCAAUAGGCACAGCAAGGAAGGGGCCCUUUAGAGAAGGAUGGAUUUCCCCUCACAUUAGGAAGUUAUUUUAAGACUUCAAGGUUUGGAGACCUUUUUCGUAAUGUUUUAUUAUGUGGUUCAAGAUAUUCAUGUUUGUGUUUUUCUUGUUCUGGUCACCGUGAUCUUCGCAAUAACAUCUGAUUAUAGUAUAUGCAAAAACAGGAAUAUAGAGUAAUUACUUUGAAUAUUAAUGGGUUACUAAAUCCGAUUAAAAGAAGCAAACUCGUGGCUAAAAUGAAAAGAGAAAAGCAACAGAUAAUCUUCUGGCAAGAGGAAAAAGGGAUUCUGGAAAAAUGGGAUUUAAGGUUUUCUUUUCCUCAUAUAAUAUUGGUCGUAAACGAGAAGUAAUGACAUUAAUCUCAAAUAAAACCAACUUUCAAAUAAUUUCUAAGAUUACUGAUAGAGAAGAACGAUAUAACCUAAUAAAAGGAACUAUCGACCAAAUCGAAGGUACUUUAAUAUAUAUAAACCUCCUGAAAAAGACAAAGCAUUUCUCAAAAAAAAAUAUUUACCAUUAUAGCCAAGGAGGCGUCAGGUACGUUGAUCUGUAGGGGAGACUGGAAUGUACAACUUCAUUCUAAAUUGGACUCAUCUUCUAAUAAGUAAAUUAGUAAAGAAACUAGACAAAUAAGAUUUAUGAUGAAAGAAUUAGGCUUAAUAGAUGUGUGGAGAGACAUAUAACCUCUUAAAAAAGAAUAUACUUCCACCCACAUGUCUUAUUCUAGAAUUGAUUAUUUUUUUAUGUUUGGGUCAGAUCAACAUAAAAUAAAAGACUGUAAAAUAGGAACAAGAGACAUCUCAGAUCAUGCAGGGGUAUAUUUAACAGUGUACCUGACCUGGACAAUAAACCCAAAAAGACAUUUUGGUGAUUUAACCCUAAUCAUUUGAAUGAUUUAACAUGUGUAGAAUAUGUUAAAAAAGAACUAUUAGAAUAUUUAAACAUAAUGAUAAUAGAGCGGUGCCAAACAGCAUUUCCUAUUGUUUACAUCUUUGCUACAAUACUGUUAAGGCUAGACACUGUCAUGAUACAUUUUAACAAAUAAAAACUCACAGGCUACAGCUUCUGCUUGUUGGAGCUACUCCUUCUUUGAAGAGAUUUUAACUGAAUCUAGCACUGAACUGGGAGAGAUUCUGGAAGCUGUGUUUUGUCAAAUCAU